AUGCUGAUACCACAGCACUUAUAAAUAUGUAGCUGAUUGAAAGCUGCAAUUUUGCUUUCCUCGUUCCUUAAUUAAAUAGACGUGUACAUAUAUUUAUAACUCGCAGUUUGUUAUUGGCCAUCAAAUCCUCAUCAUAUUUCAAAUUGUUUCACCAACGAGCAAAAAUGCCUCCCAACACCCACUCCACGCCUACAAAGUCUUCUCCGAAAAAAGUUGGACGCACCACCCACAGCAAAUUUUUCCAGGAAUUGCUCCAAGAAGGUUCAGUAACGGAUGGAAACAGCCCCACGUUAAUUGAGCCGCACGAAAUUCCUUGGAUAGAUUACGACCUCCUCGCCAAGGGACGAGAAUUCGUGAAACAAAACUACGCCGUGGUCUUGACCACAAUGAUGCUCGCGGAUACGAUAGGGUUCAUCUCAAAGCAAAUUGCAUCCACCGUUUUCAAGAGCUUUUAUCCCAACAAUAUUUGCGGAGGACGAUUCCUCUCCACCUUUCGAACCACGAUGUGCCAAUGGCUUUUGUCCGACUUCAGCAGCGGAGCUAAUUCCGAAUUUGUCCAGGCUAUUCAACGUGUCCGCAAAUUGCACAAGAUCCUGGGUCGCCCAGCCGUGAAACCGAUCGUUCCACCGGAAGGAAUCCAGUACCCCGCAGAGUACAAGGAACUUCUCGCCUGCAUCAGAGAAGACAUGAAAUCUGUGGACACCACGGACUACCCAUCCCACUUGAUAUCCUGGACGCCAUCAAUGUAUUUUACCCAGCUAGACGUGACCCUGGUCGCUUUUGGGAUGUAUGCACCGUUCAUCGUGUACCCAAACAAGGUAGGACUUUACACCACGUUCCAAGAAGAUGAAGGACUUCGAGGGUACGUCCACAUUUGGGCAGUGAUUGGCAAAAUGUUGGGAGUUCAGGACAGAUACAACUUAGCUCUUCACCCCGAUCGGGAUUUGUAUAUGGAAAUUGUUACGAAAUUAGGAAAGCCAGGUCUGAAAAUGGCUGAUGAAUCUGUAAUUUUUUCCAUUGAAAAAAUGAUUGAAGGUUUGGUGAACACUACGAUUCCGUAUUCUCUUACGGCAAAGUCACUGAUCUUUCAAGCCAUGGAAUUGGCAGAUAUUAAGGGAGAGAAAGUUUGGGGGAUGAUGAAUUGGCAUGAUAAGUGGACUUAUUAUAAUAGCAAGGUUUCGAUUUAUUGUAUGAGAUUUAGCUUGGUGAGGAUUUCGGCCAAUUUUUUUGUUUGGGGGAUGUUGACGCUUUAUAUUAAGCUUUUCUUUAAGGUGCAUAAGGGGAAAUGAUUUAUCGACAUGACGGAAUGAGAAAAGGGUUGAUAUUCAAAUUACGAAAUUGUUAAUGAUAGAAUGAGUUUGGGUUUAAAUAAAUAUUAUAUUAUGCAUUCAAACUGA